AUGUACUCGGCAAUUAUUCUUUAUACAUUAUUUCUACGAUAUAUACCAAUAGUUGGUGAUCUAUUACGUUAUCGUCAAGCAUAUCUUGCCGAUAAACCAUUCAGUUGUGUUGAAGAAGCAUAUGCUGAAUUUGGUGAUUACUAUCAUAUAUCGUUUGGUCCAUUGCCUUGUUGGAAUACAAGUGAUCCAGCAUUAGUAGAAGGUAUUUUAAAGACAAAUAGUCGAUUCUCUCAUAGAUCUGAUCUUUUAAAAGCAAUUGCUGCAACAGUACUCGGCUAUGAAAAUAUUGUAUUAGCCGAAGAUGAAAAUCAUACAAGACAUCGACGAUUAGUUAAUCCAAUUUUUCAACAUCAAAAUAUCGAUUUAAUGACAUCACUAAUAGUUGAUACUAUAUCGAAAUUUUUGACAAAAUGGCAAAGUAAAUCAUAUGAUAAAUAUAAUCCAAUGAUAUUAGAUGUAUCGAAAGAAUGA